GGCCUUGACCGACAGCGGUUGUUGUGCCAAAGAAGAAGAAGAAGUAUGAUCGUAUCAUCUAAGAAGCAGCGGGCACAGUCGGAUGUUGCUAGUUGAGUGGUUGUUUGUUCGGUAGCUACAAGCCACAGUAACGUCGCAUGCCAAACAAAGUGCAAGCUCUGUUAAGGGCGGCCGUUUACUCGCACGACCUAACAACAUGUCCAUCGUUGGUUCAAGUCUAGAAUGGAUCGACUCCCUGUAUGGCACCGAAUAAGCCUCAAAAGUCUGUAUAGGCUGGCAUGAAGUAGAAACCACGUAGAACGUUACGAAACGAAGAAGAAAGAGAAGAAGAUUAAUCUCUCUAAACCUAAUACCAGCAAUAGUUACAGCUGGGCAAAGGGAAUGGCAAAGGUAACGUUGAAAACCCUUACCAAUCGUGUAUCAUAAUUACAGAAAAUUACAAUCAAAGGAACGAAAGUACUAUAAAGAUUUAGAAACAAAACUAAACUGACAAACAAAGUAAGCUACACCAAAGUAGUAGGCUGUUUUGGGUGCUUAAGAAUGUUAGAACAUGCACCUUCUGGUUUAAAAAAAACAUGAAAACUAUCGGGGAAGAAUUAAAAGUGUCUUUGAUGUAUGUUGAUCCAUACGAAGGAGAUGCAGCAAUAGAGCUUAAACGAAUUCAGCACAAUUUGAAACAGAGUAUAACGCAUCAACUGAUCACAAAUCAAAGCAAGUUCUCAACCACAAAUCCCCAAAAGCAACUUCCACCACCAUCAUCUCCCAACCGCAGUCCCAGGUUUUCUAGGUUCCAACAUUUCUUAGAAACCAACAUUGUACCUUUGGUAGUAGUUGGAGGGUUUGUUGGAAUAUUUAUACUGUAUCGCACAUUUUUCCUUCAAAGCUUUAUUUGCGUUUGCCCUCGGCCAACGUGCUAUGGAUACUCGUCAAGGCUAUGGCGUUACAUUCUCGAUCAGCUCGGGUAUGAGGAUACUCCACACUAUUAACAUCCUUACGCUGCUCUAACAGAAAUCGUGCAAGGAUUCGUCAAGACAAGAACCGUCCACUACUGCUUUGACAUCGACAUUACACUGCCGAAGUAGUGAUUUAUUGGAAUUAAUUAUGAAAAUUCGAGGCGAGCACGAAUGUGUCACACGGUGCCAACCACCGACGGCCCAAUCGCCCAGUAAAGGUAUGCAAUGGAUGAAUGAGGAUAAUAAAUGGUAAUUUUCGUAAAAUGGUGGUCAGUACUAGUUCCCCUGUAUGCAUGUCAGUGGCACAAUACGUCCAACAAAGGGUUGGAGAAAGAAAGGCAGGACAAUAAUUUGACGUCAAAUAUAUAAGAUUCAAAAUUCUGUGCUAACCACUUACGAUGCCAGUCAAUUGAUUCUGAUAUAGGGUAGCAUUUCAAAAGUAUAUGCAUCAUUCUUUUUCUAGCUUUUCACGACGCAGGAACUCGUUACGCGUAGGGAACAGUAGAAGAAAAAUGUUGGCAUUUAUUUUUUUUGCGAUUUUGGUGGUAUUUCAGCCUGUAAUAUCAAUCGAUGUAACGCAGGAGGAAGGACAGAGUAAUUUGUUUGGAAUUGGUAAGAUUGGUGAUAAGAAGUACUGUGAUGUUAUGUUAUUGUUUUGUUUUUUUUUAACCAAUGAGUGAUUGCUAAUAAAAUACUUUACAGCAAUAAUACACGAAAAGACACAACCGCACAUUCCUAUAAUGGUAGGUAAUGUAAUGAAGAAAGUGAUGGCUAAUGCAAAUGGAAUAUCGAUAAAAGAAUACUAUAUUCAAUACGAUCAUGAAUUUGCACCGUUUGGUGAAGACGAACAGUUCUGUGCAGCCAUGUUUGAGGGAGUUUCAAUUCUGCUGGAUACGACUUGGAUUGAUUCGAGACACCUAGCCAGUGCUGCAGAAGAGUUUGGCAUUUCCUACUUCCACAUUGACCUGUCCGUGCAAACGUAUGUGAAACUACUGGAAAGCUUUCUAUUGGCGCGUGGUGGCAGCGAUGUAGUGUACAUCCUGCCAAACUAUCAGGAUGCAGAUGCCACGAUUUAUCUGCUCAUAACAGAUUCAUAUCUUCGGGCCAUCGUCUUUGGCGAACUGGAUGGUGAUACGGUGGACAGAAUAAAGGACCUUCGACCGUAUCCAUCCUUUUACGCCGUGAUAGCAGGAACGAUGGAAAUGAACACCAUACUUCAAAAAGCCAUUGAUGGUGGGCUGGUGCGUAAGCCGGAGAAGUGGAACUUGCUGUUCACCGAUCUGCAGACAGACAAGUAUACCCUUGGGGAUGAUUUCCCACAAAUGAAUCGUUUGGUUCUGGACAGCAAUACGUGUUGUAUCCUUUUGCAACAGCGCUUUCCCUGCAUCUGUCCUGAAUCGUUCGAUCCGAUGGAUGCACAUUUACAGAAUGUGCUGGAGCGAAUUGUGCAAUGGUUUAUCAAAUAUCCUAUUCCUCUGGUACGCGCAUCUAACUGUACGCCGGAGUCACAGCAGCAAGAGCUCUUGGAGCAUGCGAUCGCAGCGCAGAAGAAACUAAUGAACGAGAUCGCCGCGAUGGCAGAAUUUUGGAUCACACCCGAGAGCGGUAUGUUACGUCCCAAUCUUAAUCUCUCGAUAAUCAGCCAACCCGCAAAUCAAAACACUACCAGUGCAGCACAGCCGCCGCCAGCUGCCACAAUCGGAAAUGUGGCAAAAGGUCAGAUAGUGCUGGUUAAGAACGAAUCGCUUCAACCUAGCAAACGGUUUUUUCGCGUCGGAACAACCGAAUCUAUACCGUGGGCAUAUCGCAAACGUGAUCCAAAUGGAAAUAUCCUGCGCAAUUCGGCCACUGGCGAGCCGAUCUGGGAAGGGUACUGUAUCGAUUUCCUGCAUCAGCUGUCGGUUGUUAUGAACUUUGACUACGAUCUCGUUUCGCCACGGAACGGUACCUUCGGGCUGCGUGAUGCGGACGGCAAAUGGGAUGGCCUUGUCGGCGAUUUAGUCGUGGGUGAGAUCGAUUUUGCUAUCGCUUCGCUCAAAAUGACGGCCGAACGGGAGGAAGUGGUAGACUUUGUAGCGCCAUACUUCGAGCAAACGGGCAUCCUGAUAGCAAUGCGCAAGCCGGUUCGCGAAACGUCGCUGUUCAAGUUUAUGACCGUGCUGCGUCUGGAGGUUUGGCUGAGUAUCUUGCUGGCGAUCGUUGCAACCGCUGUCAUGCUGUGGCUUUUGGAUAAGUUUUCACCAUACAGCGCGAAAAAUAACAAGGACGCGUAUCCAUAUGAGUGCAGAAAAUUCACAUUGAAAGAAAGCUUCUGGUUUGCGUUGACCUCUUUCACCCCUCAGGGUGGCGGGGAAGCACCGAAAGCCCUCUCGGGUAGAACGCUUGUGGCUGCAUACUGGUUAUUUGUGGUUCUAAUGCUGGCAACUUUUACAGCGAAUCUAGCCGCCUUUCUCACGGUCGAACGCAUGCAAACGCCUGUUCAAUCGCUGGAGCAGCUAUCACGACAAAGCCGCAUCAAGUACACGGUCGUGAAGGAUUCCGAUACGCACGAGUACUUCCGUAACAUGAAAAACGCAGAAGACGUACUGUACCAAAUGUGGCGCAAUCUAACACUGUCUAGUGGGAACGAUCAGGCGCAGUAUCGCGUCUGGGACUAUCCGAUAAAAGAGCAGUACAUCAACAUCCUGUCCGCGAUCGAGUCUGCCAACCCGGUAGCUACAGCAGCUGAAGGGUUCCGCCGUGUCAACGAGCGCCUCGAUGCUGACUUUGCAUUCAUACACGAUUCCGCCGAAAUAAGGUACGAAAUAUCGCGCAACUGUAAUUUCACAGAGGUCGGCGAGGUUUUUGCCGAGCAGCCCUACGGGAUCGCCGUGCAGCAGGGCAGCCAUUUGCAGGACGAGCUAAGCUAUUUCAUACUUGAGCUGCAAAAGGAGCGCUACUUCGAGUCGCUCACGGCUAAAUUUUGGAACAACAGUGCCCGGUCCCAGUGUCCCAACACCGACGACAGUGAGGGUAUCACGCUGGAAAGUCUGGGGGGUGUGUUCAUAGCGACAUUGGUGGGAUUAGCGCUUGCAAUGAUCACACUGCUCGGUGAGGUAAUUUACUAUCGUCGUAAGGAGAGCAGCCGAAACUUUAUUAAAGUAGCACCAUUCGGAAAUGCGGACAAACCCAUGGCGCGGGAUGGUAAGCGCAUUGCUCUGAAACAAAAAUCGAUCGCUGCGGUGAAGCAUCUGCUCGAUUUGGACACGCCAGCUAAGGCGCUUCGCGGUGCGACGACAGUGAAAAUCAACACGAAAAAAGAGAAGCCAAUACCGAAGGAAAUUACGAUCGGCAAUAAGUUUGUAUCAGCGGCAGAAAAGCAACAAAAACUUUCCUACAUUGCCAUAAUGCCUAGGAAUGCUAUACAUUAGCUACAUGCAAGAUGGCCUCUAUAAAUGGAUGAAUAAUGCAAUGUUUACUUUAAAUAUUUUAAACUUUAAGUUACUCACUAAUGAAAUUUAUGUAUGCUUUCUGGUUAGUGCAUUAAACACAAUUCAACAAUACGAAAGUAUUUAAAAACGCUUUGUUUUCAAAAGAAUUAGGAAAACAAACAAAACGCUCUGUUCACGAAGAAAUAAAGAAUUUUCAUUUUAAAAGCAGAUCACUCCAAUGAACUCAAUGUUGUUCCAGCUAAUUUCAGAAAAGCCCAACAAUUGUUAUGAAACACUGCGGAGCGGCAACUAUUUUUAACACUGGUUCGCCAAACAAAUUGUAUCUAAGGGUGGAAAUCAACUAGCUGCUCAUUUAUUCUGACAACUGACCAGCUGCACGCAAAUAAGUGUGUUUGAUGGUAGCGGUUGUCGGGCAUGGUGGUAGUAGUCCAACGCUCAAAGUAUAUUGUCGUGACCAAACGAGUAUGAAGAUGAAAUAAACCAUACGUUUGAUAGACUUGUGGCGUCUGUACGCAAAGAUUCACAACGUAAUGAGUGGUUGCCUUAGCCAAACCCAUGCCCAUGCCCCGAGAUAUCCGCUUCAUUAAGGCAAAUGGUUUGAAAGCUUCACUUAGUGAUAGAUAAAUGGUGUUGAU